AUGAAAUUCCUUGUAUUAGGUGACACUCAUGUUCGACACAUGCCAUCAAAUUUUUCAACAUCAUCAUAUUCGUUAAUCACCAAGUCUAUUUCAGGUUUAAAAUUUAAAGAUUAUGAUAAAAAAAACCUUUCAUUAUUUGAUUUAUUAUUUACAUCUGAAAUUCAACUUUUGUUAUCUCAAGUUGAUGGAGUUUUAUUGUUGCUUGGAACUAAUUCAAUUAGAAUUUUUCGAGCAUCUACAAUUAUUUCUCAAAUUGAAGAAAUUAUUUUUUUUCUCCGACAAGUAUAUCCUCAAUUUAAUCCACGUCAACGUAUUAUUAUACCAUUAUGUUUUCCUUGUUUGAAAACUACUAGUAAAUUUUGGAAUAAAAUUAAAUUAACAUCGAACAUACAAUUGUAUAAUAAUCGCUUAUAUCAAUUAUCAUAUCGAAUGAAUUUUAAUGUUAUAAAUUUUCGUUUAAGAGCUUAUCAAUUAGCUUCUGAUAAAAUACAUAUACAGCAUCAUUACUAUUUUCGUAUUUUUAAUUUCAUGAUCAAUUAUUUGAAUAAUGUAAGCAAUACUUUAUCUUUAAUUUCAUGA